AUGGCGGCUGCGUUUCGAUCUCUCCCGACAAACAGCAACAACAAAUGGUAUUUCACACGGCCGCAGAUCGACAACAACCCGUCCCGGAGAGCCGGCCUGGACCCCGAUAAAGAGCUCUCGUACCGACAGCAAGCGGCGAAUCUGCUCCAGGACAUGGGCCAGCGCCUCAAUGUCUCCCAACUCACCAUCAACACUGCCAUCGUCUACAUGCACCGCUUCUACAUGGUCCAGUCCUUCACUCGCUUCCACAGAAACGUUGUGUCUCCGGCCACGCUUUUCCUCGCGGCCAAAGUGGAAGAGCAGCCGCGUAAACUGGAGCAUGUGAUCAAAGUGGCCCACGCCUGCCUCAACCCCCAAGACCCCUCCCCAGACGUGCGCAGCGACGCCUACCUGCAGCAAGCCCAAGACCUGGUCAUUCUUGAGAGCAUUAUACUGCAGACCCUGGCGUUUGAGAUCACCAUCGACCACCCGCACACCCACGUGGUCCGCUGCACGCAGCUCGUGAGGGGUUUGUUUUCUGUUCCUGCAGCGAGCAAAGACCUGGCGCAGACCUCGUAUUUCAUGGCCACAAACAGCCUCCACCUGACCACCUUCUGCCUCCAGUACAGCCCCCCGGUGGUGGCCUGCGUCUGCAUCCAUCUGGCCUGCAAGUGGUCCAACUGGGAGAUCCCUGUGUCCACUGACGGGAAGCACUGGUGGGAGUAUGUGGACCCCACCGUCACCCUGGAGCUGUUGGAUGAGUUGACUCAUGAAUUCCUCCAAAUCCUGGAGAAGACUCCGAGCCGCCUAAAACGGAUCCGAAACUGGAAGGCCGGAGGACAGGCGCCCAAAGUCAAGCCCAAAGUGCAGGAAGAAGGCGACCAGCGCGACGCCAUGAUGAGCAUGAUCUCCAUGGCGUCCUCCGAGAGCACGGUGGCCGGCCUCAUGAGUCUGUCCGCUCCGUCCUCAGAGAAGGAGAGGAGCACUCCAGGAAGUGCUCAGAGCUGGAGUGGGAAGCCCGCCGCCGCCGGAGAUCAGGCCGCAGCCAACAGCGACGUCCACGUUCCUGCUAAAGUCUCUCUGAGCGAAUACCGCGCCAAAAACGCAGAUGUUUUAGCUGCUCAGAAGCGAAAACUGGAAAACAUGGAAGCGAGCGUGAAGCGGGAGUACGCCAACGCAGCCCAGGCUUUAAUCAGCCACAAGAAGGACAAGACUCAUCACCCGCCGUCGUCCGAUAACCAGUCUCCAAUCAUCCUCAAAAUCCCGCUCGAGAAAGACCGCCACGAACGCUCUUUGAAAAUGCGCUUUCCCCUCGGCUCAGGCGGCGGCGCCGGCAGCAGCCACGGUGCAAAUAAUCGCGGACAGGAUCCAGACAUUAAGGUGAAAAUCCGAGUUCCUGAGAAGCAGCGUGUGAGCUCCGGAGAAGAAGGAAAGAGCAGAGACAAACACCGGGAUCGCUCCAAUCACCACCAUCACUCUCAUCACUCCUCCAGUGCCUCGCUCUCUCACAAACACUCAGCCGCAGGAGGCAAAAAAUCUGCAAACGAAUCUUCAAGAACUAGCUCUUCCUCGUCUGCGUCGCGGAAAAGGCCGCAUUCCCAAGACCCGGCCUCUUCUUCUCAUGCUCACGGCAAGAUGGCAAAGUCCUCCAGUAAUCCGUACAAGCUGGGCUCCUCUCUGGCGAGCCAAGGCGGAGACGUGCACCCCGCCAUUGGACUCACGCAGGCGGCUUUCGCCCACGGCAAAGACAAGACUGACACGAACGGGCACGGCGGCCCCGGGCACGGCGGCCCCGGCCAGUCAGAGUUCCAAGACACUUUUGACAUGUUGAACUCUUUACUGCACGCUCAGGGGGUGCAGCCGGCGCAGCCCGCCAUGUACGACUACAGGCCGCAGUACGGAGAGUACCGCUUCAGCUCCAGCAGCAGAGGGAACCAGAGGCCCCCCCCUCUGCCCUCAGAGCCCCCACCCCCUCUGCCCCCACUGCCCAAGUGA